CCUGGAACUGUUGGCCGUCACUCUUCCACUCUCACCUGUCUCAACUCCUCUUGGCUUCUUCCUCACCUUGGUUGUUCGCAUAAUGGAGCCUCUGAUGAGACGCCAGAGUUCCAGUUCUGGGAUCUUCCACAUGACGCCCAUGCAGGGACACUAUGCCCACAGUGUGAGCGGAGGAGCAGGAGGCCAUGGCACCAGGAUCUCCACCUCCACCUUCGGCCACAGGGUCGGCAGUGGCAUCGGCGGAGGCUUCAGCCAACAUUCUUCUUUCAAGACCCCCGGAAACCUGGCCAUUGGCAAUGAGAAGCAGACCAUGCAACACCUGAACGACCGACUGGCCAGCUACUUGGAGACAGUGAGGAGCCUGGAGAAGGCCAACAGCAAACUGGAGAUCAAGAUCAGGGAGGCCAUCGAGAAGAAAGGACCCCUGGAGGGCAAGGACUUCAGCAAGUACAAUGCCAUUAUCGCAGACCUGAGGGCCAAGAUCUUUGACAGGAUUAAGGAGAACGCCCACUUGGCCAUCUCUCUGGACAAUGCUCGCCUGGCCUCAGAUGACUUCAGAGUCAAAAUGGAGUACGAGAUGACCAUGCGUCAGACAGUAGAGGCCGACGUCGGCAGACUGAGGAAGAUUCUAGAUGACACCAACGUAAUCCGUCUGCACCUGGAGAGCGACAUCGAGUCUCUGAGGGAGGAGCUCAUCAGUCUGAGAAAGAAUCACGAGGCUGAGGUUGCUGACAUACGAGCCCAGAUCACACAGGUCGGCGUCCACGUGGAUGUCGACGCUCCAAAGGGUCAGGACCUGGCCAGGAUCAUGGAGGAGAUGAGGGAAAAGUACGAGAGGAUCGCUCUGAAGAACCAGGAGGAGCUGAAAGCAUGGCACGAGACUCAGAUCACGGAGGUCCAGGUCCAGGUCACCCAGAGCACAGUAGCGUUGAAGGAGGCCACCACAGUCUUGUCAGAAACCAGGAGAAAAUACCAGGCUUUGGACAUCGAGCUGCAGUCUGCUCAUAGUCUUCGAGCCAGCCUGGAGGCCACACUGCGAGACAUCGAGAUGCGCAACAACGCAGAGAUGGAAAGGUACAACAACAUCAUCCAUAGGCUGCAGGAGGAGCUGACUAAGAUCCGUAGCGACAUCCAGGCCAAUGGCAGAGAGUAUGAACUUCUGCUCAACAUCAAGGUGAAGCUGGAGGCUGAGAUCGCAGAGUACAAGAGGCUGCUGGACGGUGGAGCCAUAAAACUUGAGGAUGCAAUUGAUCCCAGAACAGUUCAGACCAAAGUGGUGACAGUCACUCAGACUCUGGUGGACGGAAAACUCGUCUCAGAGAGCAAAGAUGUGAAAUCGAGUGAAAAGGUCGUUAAUUAAAAGAGGAGCUAAAAAAAACUGUAAACUGAUGAAACUGCAACACAAUAAAACGAACAACAAGGUGAACCCAA